CUAUGAAAUGGAAGGUAGUAAUUUUUACCAGUGACCAGCCAUCUUCAGGAACCAGCUCGCAAGUUUAUAUUACAUUAUAUGGGGAACAAGGCAAUUCAGGAGCUGUCUUUCUAUACGGGGAGGAGAAAAAAGUGUUUGAAAGAGGAAGCACAGAUACUUUCAUUAUUCACACGGAAGACUUGGGAGAUCUAUACAAAAUACGGAUAGGACAUAAUAAUUCUGGAGAAACCCCUGCCUGGCACUGCAAAGAGCUGCAAUUGCAGAAUCUUGUAACAGGAGAAAAGUACGAUUUCUCUGUUGAAAAGUGGCUGACGCAAACUCAAGAUGAAGGUGAAAUCAGUCAGGAACUUCCUGUUUUGCAUCAGGGGCAGCCCAUUCUUCCAGUGGCAAUGUACAAGGUGCAUGUAGUAACUGGUGAUCUCUGGAAUGCUGGGACAGAAGCUGAUGUGUACAUAGCAAUCUAUGGAGAAAAAGGUGACACAGGGUGCCGACAGCUGCAUAGGUCAAUGAAGUCUCAAAAACACAUGAAAGGACAAACCAAUACAUUCUCACUUGAAGCUGUGCACCUUGGACAUUUAUGUAAAAUUGUUAUAGGACACAAUGGACUUGGCUCAGGAAAUGGUUGGUUUCUGGAGAAAAUUGUAGUCCAGGAUCCUAUCACAAACUCAGAUUAUAUCUUCCUAUGUUACAGAUGGCUAGAUCAAGGAGAAGAUGAUGGCAAAAUUGUCAGAGAACUUUAUGUCAUUGAUAAUUACACCAUUGCAAGGA